CCGCUGUGGGCGCAGGGCUCACUCCUCAUGAGGGGUGUGUGGGCUCCAGGGAGGGAGGGCAGCCCCUCUCACGCCUUUCUGGAAGCUUCUCCGGGACGGUGGGGGCGCCGGGGUGCACCAGGUCCCCGGAGGCCUCUCUCUCUGUCACCGUUGCCACUGCUACUCCCAGGAGACCCUCCGUCACCGUGCGGGCACCUGGCGCGGGCGCACCGGCCUUGGCUACGCGCCUCUUGGGGUGCUCGGGGCCCCGGGGCGGGAAUGAGCUGGCAACAGGCUGCUCCUUGAGGAGAGAGCCCCCCCGGGAGCCGGCUCCUCUCAGCCUGGGUCUGCCCCUGAACAGCGGGGGCACAGCCGCAGCCGGGGAGACACGGGCGGGCGGUGGGUGAGGGAAGGAGCCCGCCUGCGCUGCCCUGUGGCUCCCAGGGUGGGCUAGGCCCCCAGGCCCCAUGGAGUACAUCUUGUUCGUCCUGUACUUCUCUUUCUUCCUGUGUCUCUGCGCCCUGGUGUGUCUCUACUUCUCCGGCUGCCAGGAAAUGACCUACAAACACGAGGAAGCAUGUUGUGGAGACAUUUUUUGGAUUUGACGAGGAGUCUGUGGACUCGGAGACGUUGUCGGAGACGUCCUGCAAUACCGACCGGACAGACAGGGCCCCGGUCACGCCUGA